ACAGCCGGAGUCACCAUGCCCAUUGCCCACCCACUGCCGCUCUGCGUGGCCUGGCUGCUGCUCCUCGUCGUGAUUGUGAUGAGCGACAUGACAAACGGCGGUGUGCAGGGACCCAUCGAGGGCUACAAUUCGCUGGACGACCUGCUGACAACCACUCCGACCCCCGGCCAGGCGGCAUUGCUCCUGCCCACCGCCCCUACCGCCGCCUACACCCAUCCCAAAUGGAUGGAGCCCUACUUCGAUCCCUCGACGCCGCGCAAUGUCACCGCCCUCAUGGGCAAGUCCGCCUAUCUCAGCUGCCGUGUGCGCAAUUUGGCCAACAAAACGGUUUCCUGGAUUCGGCACCGCGACAUCCACAUACUGACGGUGGGCUCGUACACCUACACCUCGGACCAGCGCUUCCAGGCCACCCAUCACCAGGACACCGAGGACUGGACCCUGCAGAUAAAGUGGGCCCAGAAGCGGGACGCCGGGAUGUACGAGUGCCAGAUAUCGACGCAGCCGGUGCGCAGCUAUUUCGUUCGCCUGAAUGUCGUAGUUCCCACGGCCACCAUCCUGGGAGGUCCUGACCUUCACGUUGAUAAAGGCAGCACCAUAAAUCUCACCUGCACUGUGAAGUUCAGCCCCGAACCACCGGCCUACAUCUUUUGGUAUCAUCACGAGGAGGUCAUUAAUUAUGAUUCAUCAAGAGGCGGCGUGUCGGUAAUUACCGAAAAGGGCGAUGUGACAACCUCAUUUCUGCUCAUACAGAAUGCAGAUCUGGCCGAUUCGGGCAAAUACUCCUGUGCGCCCUCCAAUGCAGAUGUGGCCAGUGUGCGUGUCCAUGUCCUAAAUGGUGAACAUCCGGAGGCAAUGCAAACCGGCUCAUCCGGUUGUCAGUACAAUUGGCUGACAAUCGUCCUGCUCCUGGGCCUCGUCCUUUGCUACAGCCAGCAGUGCAGCUCCGGUGCAGUGGCAGCCUCAUUAACAUCGCCAUUACCAUUACCAUCACUAUUACCAUUACCGGCGGCAGGGACAACAACAGCAACGGGAGAAAGUGCAUCCAGUGAAAGUGUGGCAGCCGCAACAGAAACAACAACAACAGCUGCAGCUACGACGAGAAAGCGGUGUCCUGCGGUCAAAAGUUGUCGCCAGGCCACCGGCCAGCUGCUGGCGAAAAGGUCCUGUCACAGAUGAUCAACUGAAGGCCACAGCAGCCCCAACUAAAUAUAGUAAUUUAGGGAGCCACAUGAAAUGUGUGCGAGUGAGUGUUCGGCUAAGUAUCCACUGAGUGUGUGAAUGAUCGUUUGAGUGUUGGCCAUUCGGUCGUUUUGGUGUGUCAGUUUUAAACUUGUACUCAAAAACCACAUUGCAGAACAUUGGCGCAGUAAUGGGUUUAAUUUAGUCUAACUAUUGGCAUUUUCUCUAAGAUAUUUAAGAAGGAUUUUUUAUUUAAUUUAAUUUGGUUUUAUGAAAAAAACUUGUAAA